CACGACCAAGCCUACUACGGUCUACCCAGCUAGUAGCUCUUCUCUAGCCUACUUCGAGUGCGCGAUAGUGUCCGAAAGUCACCUUUCUUCGCUGAACGCCGCGACGCCAAAACUCUGUUUGGUUGGAGAGUUGGUACAUUUUUGUUUGUUUCACUCCGUAUUUUGGUCUAUGUGUUACCCGUUGAGACACCACUCUGGUCAUUAGUCUUCGUCAGCGUUACGAACCGGGUCGGUGUGCCGAAGGAGAUAUUACGCAAAGGUGUCGCUCAACCUGUCGCGGGUGGAAUUAGGCAGAUUGCUUUCUAAUUGACCGAUUGGGCUGAUAAGAAUCGCUGGUGGAACUUCGCUUGGGGACAACCCCUGUCGAUAAGAUUACGAACCAGGAUGAAAGCGUUAACCUUGGAGCAGAUAUUGAACCUGUGCGGCAUGGUUGCCUACUGCCAGGAGAGCCCGAUGCAGAUCAAGCGGGCCUCCACCGAUAAGCUGCGGGAGAUCUUCGCCCGGUACGCGACCCAACAGAUCAACGGUGAGUUGUUCAUGACCAGCGAAGAAUUUGUGCGGGGUUUCCUGGGCCAGUCGUACAACGAGGAAUCGGUCAAACUGCUGGCCGGCAUCGCGGACACGAGCAAAGACGGCCUCAUCUCGUUCGCCGAGUUCCAGGCGUUCGAGGGUCUGCUCUGCACGCCGGACGCCCUGUACAAAACCGCCUUUCAGCUGUUCGAUCGAAACGGGAACGGCUCGGUUACGUACAGUGAGUUUGUUGAUGUGUUCAAAAAGACAGAUCUGCACGCUAAAAUCCCGUUCAAACUGGACGGUCCAUUCAUACAGCUCUACUUUGGCAAGGACCGCCAGCGGACGAUCAACUAUGCCGAGUUUUCCCAGUUUUUGCACGACUUUCACGAGGAGUGCGCGCUGGAGGCGUUCCGCAUGAAGGACACCUCCGGGUCCGGGUUCAUCUCGGCGCUCGACUUUCAGGACAUUAUGGUGAACGUGAAGCGGCACCUGCUGACGGCGGAGGUCAAGGAUAACCUGGUUGCGGUAACCGAAGGCCACCGGGUGAGCUUUCCCUACUUUAUGGCCUUCAACUCGCUGCUAAACAACAUGGAGCUGAUCAAGCGCAUCUACCUGAACGCCACGGCCGGCAGCCGGACAGAACCGGUCACCAAGGACGAGCUGCUCCACUCGGCCCAAACGAUGAGCCAAAUCACCCCGCUGGAAAUUGACAUCCUGUAUCAGCUGACGGGCGCGGUUCAUCAGACGGGUGUUUGGUGGAAGCGCAAGAAAGUUAUAGACAAGACUAGGCGCCUCGUGUACAGCGAUCUGAGCAGUAUCGCGCCGGAACAUUAUACGAAACAUAUCACCCAUCGGUUGGCGGAGAUCAAGGCGGUGGAGUCGCCCGCCGACCGGUCCAUCUUUAUCCAGCUGCUGGAGAGCACGUACCGGUUCACGCUAGGGUCUGUGGCGGGAGCCGUCGGUGCCACCGCGGUCUACCCGAUCGAUCUGGUGAAGACGCGAAUGCAGAACCAGCGCACGGGAUCGUUCAUCGGUGAGGUCGCCUACCGGAACUCGUGGGACUGUUGCAAAAAGGUCAUCCGUCACGAAGGCGCCCUCGGACUGUACCGUGGCCUGGUGCCCCAGCUGAUGGGCGUGGCCCCGGAGAAGGCCAUCAAACUCACCGUGAACGAUCUGGUGCGUGACAAGAUGACCGACAAGCAGGGCCAGAUUCCGCGGUGGGCCGAGGUUCUCGCCGGAGGUUGUGCCGGUGGCUCCCAGGUGAUCUUCACGAACCCGCUCGAAAUCGUCAAGAUUCGGUUACAGGUGGCGGGUGAAAUUGCCGGCGGAGCGAAGGUGCGGGCGUGGAACGUGGUGCGCGAGCUGGGCCUGUUUGGGCUGUACAAGGGAGCGCGAGCCUGUCUGCUGCGUGACGUGCCCUUCUCCGCCAUCUAUUUCCCAAUGUACGCCCACGUGAAGGCUGCGUUCGCCGACGAGCAGGGCUACAACCAUCCGUUGACGCUGCUGGCGGCGGGUGCCAUCGCCGGUAUUCCGGCGGCAUCGCUGGUGACGCCGGCGGACGUCAUCAAGACCCGGUUGCAGGUUGUGGCCCGGACCGGACAGACCACGUACAACGGCGUGAUGGACGCGGCGCGGAAAAUUAUGGCCGAAGAGGGCCCGCGGGCGUUCUGGAAGGGAACAGUUGCCCGCGUCUUCCGCUCCUCCCCGCAGUUUGGUGUCACGCUGGUCACGUACGAGCUGCUCCAGCGGCUGCUGUACGUGGACUUUGGUGGCUCGCGACCGGCCGGCUCGGACGUGGCCCAUUCAGGCAAACCGGCCGAGCUGACCAAGCUCAACCCGGACCACAUCGGUGGCUACCAGGCGGCCCUGCCGAUGCUGAACGGAAUCGAGACCAAGUUUGGGCUAAGUUUGCCACGGUUUGCUUCCACCAUUAAGGUUCCGGGUGCGGGUCAAGUCCCAGCGUCGUCUUGAUCCGACCGUCGCAGGUCGGAACAGCAACAAGGGAACAAACGGUGGAGCAAUUUCUUUUGGUAGCCGGUCGUUGCGGACGACGGCGAACGUAGUAGUUGAUGGCGUUUAGGAAUUGAGGAUUAUCCUAAGGUGUGACCCAGAGGACACAAGCACACGUGCGCACAGAAGCAGCAGCAGCAGCAAAAGUAGUUUGAAAACUCUUCUAAAAGUGUUUGGCAAAAAAAUGCAUUUGUUUUUUUUUCUGGUUAAUGUUAUGACUGUGUUAAGAGUUAUUUUAGGUUUUAAAAGAAUAAAGAGAAGCUAAAGUUCAAAACUUGAAAGCAUUUAUCGCAAUCAAAAACCGACUUUGUUUGUGAGUGUUGAGAAAACAGAAGAAAAAUGAAACUUGUCGCAAAUUAUGCCUUCCAGCAUCUCAGCAAAGUAGCAAGUUUGAUGUUAUUUAGGUUGUUUGCUGGAAUCUGCCAAACAAAAGUCACCUCCAGCAGUACCAACAACAAACGGCCGAACAACAAAACAGAAAAAAAGGUAACCACAAUUAGUACAAUGUCGUCUCACCAGUAGAGAGUCUCUUGCAUUAUCUAUAACUAAUCAAAUCAAGUCGAGUGGCUCUGUAAGUUACGAUAGCGAUAAUACAGGAAAGCAAAGCAAAGCACAACAAAUCAUCAAACAAGAAGCAGUGAAAUAUUUAAGCCGAUAGUUAGAGCUAGAAAUAGAGAGCAGUGGCAAAUUAUUUAAAGCAUACUCUGAACAAAAUAAAAAAAACUAUUUGAAGCAGCACAGACAAAUGGA